ACGACGCUUCCCAGUAUUCGAGCGAUCGCUAGUACUCGCGCACGCAAAUCCCACGGCCGGGGAUGUGCGUUGAUCGCGCCAUCGCGUCGACUCCGAUCGUACUACGGUACGUACGGUACGUAGUGUGGUAGUAGCGUUCUUGACAUGACGUGACGUGUCGUGGACUACCGUAUCCUGCCGUGUCGAACCGUUCUGCAUCCCCGUACCAACGAGUGCACGUGUGCACAGUCUGUCCUCGUGAUCGUCGUUAACGGGCCCGAUGCGCCAGCCGAGGAAGCACCGAUGCCAUCCUCCGUCCAUUCGUAACGCCGCCGUUGUCUGAACUAUGGAUCCGCCGGGAGUCACCGUGCUGGUAUCCCACGAGUGUCCCUGAGUCUCGCAGCCCCUGCGAAAAUCCCGCGAACCUCGCCGACGUGUCCACGUUAAACGAACUCGACAGAGAGAACGCUGCCUGACAUGGCUACCUGUUUCGAGCAACCUUUGUUUCACGCUUCACAAAAGAACGAGGUCAUUAGGUACGCGAGAAACCAGGAAGGGUCGAGGGAAGUUGGCCACAGAAGAAUAAGUUGCCGCAGCACUUUCGUCGGGAGCCUUUCUCUUAUUGCGAAAAAGACGUCACUACGGUCAAUCCCUCGUAGUUCAAUAGCCAUUCGAGUGCUCGCCGGAACUGUUUGAUCCCUCGAACUUCCGUGUUCUUCUCUUUUUUGUAUCGCUGCUCAAUUAAAAAAAAAGAAAAACGAAAAUAUAGAAGGAAACAGGGAAAAUCCUUUAAAAAUGUUGAAAGUGAUCGUUAUCAUAUGAAUGGCGAACGAAAACUUUUCGCGUCGAUGUCAAUGGCUCUCGAGUGUCAAGAGAACCGGUGUUUUGUUGCAAGUGCAGUCGUCGAACGGCUGGGAUUCUCGUCGGAUACUGUAAACACCAGAAAUUCGUCGAUUGUUGUCGAGCAGACGGCUGCAACGGUACUAAUUCCCGUUAAAUCAAUCAGAAGAAAACAGUGCACGAGCAAAUGAACUUUCCGGAUUAUUCGUUCGUGUAACGGAAGUUACGGUAUUACAACUCCCCGUGGAACAUUCAAAUUACGCAUGGUUCUUUAAUGCAUGCGUGCAUGCCAAAUCUGCCCACCGAACGGUCGAUUAAAGUGGAAACACGCAGCAGAAGUCGUCGAUAAUGGCGAUGGAAAUUGAACGAAAUCCCGAGAAAUGUAUUCGCCAUACGAUGCUUCAAUCGAUCGAUCGAUCAGCCGUCACGAAUGUUUUGAUAACGGUUGUUAGAUAAUGCGCAUCGGAUCGGAUGAACAGUAAGCACGUUGAAAUUAAACUAAUUACGAGGAAACGCUAACGCGGUUCACACAUCAAACACGUUGUUGAAACAAACGAAACACAUUGUUGAUCUCGUUCCACGACACAGGAUGCCAAGAAAAAUCUCCUCUCGAUUUAAAUGAUCGUAAUCGAAGACGAUGCUUCAACGAGACGGAAAGUUUUUAACGGAAACAUAUGUCUGUGGACACAUGUCCAGCUGUUCCCACGAAGCGAGAAAGUCACUUUUGUAAUUACGAAAGAAGCCACUUGCACGUUAUUCGGUUUAAUGAAGCCCCUUGCGUGAGAAAUACAUAGAUAUAGGGCGAAGACCAACGUACGAGGAAAAGUUGCAUCGCGUGCGAUCGUUUUCGAAAUUCCUGUCGGCGAAACCCAUUAGUCGAUCACUGUCGUGGCAGCGUGGCCAAUGAUUGAACGAAAUUUACGAAGGCAACUCGAGAUCUGCUGAAAAAGUAUCCCCCCCCCGCGAAACUAUGUCAUCGGUACACUGUUUCCUGCACUGUAAGAAAGAGAUGACAUCGAUGCUGGGAAAUCGCUGCGAGUAAUCAGCUUUAUGCUGUCCCGGUUUAUCCGCGAGCUCGUGGUGGAUAAUAUCGUGGCAGGGGAAGAUCAGAAAACCGGGAGGUUGAACUCUAGCGCGACGGUUUUGUGACCGUUUGGUUCGCGGGCUCCACGAAAGACCCGCGACGAAUCCUACGACAAAGAGGUCACCAUCGACGGUGGUGAACGUAAUGUUCUAACUCGAGGUGAAGAGAUGACGGUGACUCCGUCUACGUCCGAUGUCGCUGACAAGGCAGUCUCGACGGACGAUGGUGGCAGUGGAAUGGAGGUGGCACGUCUCGAAGCCGUCCUUGCUGCUCUGGUGGAAACAAAGGUGGAGGCUAUCAAAGCCUCUUCAACUUUAAGUAAACGUUCCGGUAGUGCACCAGCUAGUCCUCGUCGGCUUAGACUAACUUCCACUUCGACCGCGUCCUCUUCGCUGAACCACCACCACCACCACCAUCACCACCAUCAGCAUCGGAGGAAGAGUCAUUACCACCAUCACCAUCAUCAUCAUCACCAUCAUCGUGGCAAGAGGCACGACUCCGCGCCUUGCGACUCGUUCAUCGAAGACGACCGGCACCAGCAUAGUUCACGUCAUGAUAAAGCAAGACGAAGAGCCUCGGAAAGUCCACGGCGUCCGAAAAAGAAACGCAAACAUUCGAGAGACGUUCAAACUGGUCUCAAUUCUCGAUUUGAGCUCUAUGGACUGGACGCCGAUCAAAAUCUUGCACUGAUCAAUUUCGAAAGGACACGGGAGACUUUCAGCGAUUCCUGCGAAUAUCCGCAGUUGCACCAAAGUGCCUACUGCUUAUCCGAAAGUACAGCUCAAUUAAAGAUCCACUACAACGAUGAAAACUACGUGGCGUUGAACGUAGCGGACAAGUUAGAGGAAGAAAAAAUCUUGAGCGGCAUCGAGAAACACGAGAAAGCUCGGGAGAAGUAUCAUCAGCCGCGGAAGAAGCGGAAACGGAAACGACGUAAAGUUACCAAAACGAUUCCCCGCGAAGAGUUCGUCGAUCCUGAGGAACUACCCCCGCGUGCACGGUGGACGAUCGUCGCGACUGCUUGCCUCCUUCUUGCCAUGUCUUUGCUGUUGGUUGGUGUCACUUUGAGGAUGGCACCGAUUAUAGACGAUAUGGUGCGCAAGGAAAACGAGGAACUGUUGAAUUCUCUGAACAGGGACUUCUCAGCCGAAAACACAACGGUGCCUCCAUAAGAAGGGCGUUCCGAGGGAAAGAUCGCUAGUUUUGAUGCACUUUCGGACGAAAGGUUUAAUCCGAAGUGGCCAAUUGAAUCCAGGACAAGAGCCGCAGAUAGAAAAGGAUCAUGACGGCAACUUCGUCCCGGAAUGUCAGGAUUGAGUCGCGUCGAAGUUUUAUUACAGCAGUAGGUGCGAUUGUAUUCGGGACGUUUUAGGUACGGCCACGGAGACACCGAGUUUCAUUAGUUCGUGUUAGUGAUGUGUAUACGGUCAAUUUGUCGAUUUCGCCAUUAAAUACGGACCUCGAAUUAAAUCCAGGUAGAAUCGAUGCUGCGACUUUGUUCCCGUCGUUUAAAAAGGACGUAUGAGUUCGCUUUUCGAAUUACAUAGUUUGAAGGACAUCUUCGCGGGAAAUCGUGUAAUCGUGUCGAUUGUGUGUCGCUUUGUUCAGAUCGUUAUCGAUGUUAUCGCGAGGAAUCGACGAUUGCACGAAAUUUCUUACGACGGCGCACUAAAGAAAAAAACAAUGUUACGAUCGCGUGUCCCUUUGAUACACGACAAUUAUUGCCCGACGAACUCAGCUUAAUUUUUCACGAGGCGUAUAAUCUACGAAUCGACCGAAAGCAGAUGCUUAAGAAGCACGAGCGAAAUCCCAUGCGGACUCUUGUUGGAGGGAAGAUCGAAAUGUUAAUAUUUUUGCAACAAUGUAAUUCUCUUCGCAUUCCAUAAGAAUACGGAAAGAUUGUUACGAAAGUUAUUCCAUUGAGGCGCCGGUGCUGCUGAAAAAGACAAUUUCGAGAGGGAAUAGCGUUUGCGAGGAUGUUGGAACUCACCGAACUUCUUAGUUCGAUCCAAACAUUAAUUUAUAAUUAUCCGAUUUGUAGAACUUGUGUUUGAUUUCCCGACACCGGUGUUAAUGAUGAUUCGGUUGAAAUUGUCCGAAGUUUGCGCGCGUAACGCCGCUGUAUAAUUUACUUCGCGAAUGUCUUCCACAUUAAGAGAUAAUCCAUGUACUCGGGUGUUGCGAGCGAGAUAUAUGUACGUUGUUUUGUCCGUUUGUUUCGCGAGGAGGUGUUCGUAUGAUUUCAGCUGUUGUUACACGACCACGCAUGAUACCUUCUAAACGAAUUGUAUAUUUAGCGUCGAGCGUUGAUCCUUAGAGAAGUAGACGGUAUAAUUGCUGUUGUCGGUCGUUUGUAAAAUAUAAACUGUCUCGAGUUAGAUGAAACAGCGUCAGUUGUAAAAUUACGUUAUCGUAGAGGAGCAAGGAAGCGCGUGCAUGUACAUACAUAAAAUUUUGUAUAUUAAGAAAACAGUAGUAGCGCGGUUACGAAAUUCAGUUCCGUUACAUUCUAGCGUGUACAUCUUCCAGUAACUAAUUUAACAUGGAAGCGAUAGUCCUUUUUUUUUUAACACGUUCCGUGCCACGUGUACCAUCGAUGGUACACGCUUGCAUGUUUACUUAGCGAACUGAA